UGUUGAAAAGCAAAUCCUUCCUGAUUGCAGGAUGGUGUCAAUUGGCUUWUUUGCUCUCUUACUCAAAGUGCCUCAAACCAUAGGAAGGCGUUGUUUUCGUUUGCUAGAUUACAGUUAUUAGGCGUGGACAAAAGCUUACAUAUAGUUUGCCUUAAUAGCGGUUUGUCAUUGAGAGCUAUGCAGCUCGAGAAUUGCAUCUUGCCAGCUAGUGUGCUCUCCAAGAAAUGUCUGAAUGUGGGCAGUGGCUACCCAUGCUCUGAUGGGUCUGAGCUGCAGGACCAUACUAUUAUAUCUGAUAGUGACAACCUGGAGAGAAGUUCACCUCUGAAAAAAAAUUCCAUGGGGAUGACGAAUCAGUCAGAGGCAGACAAUUUUUCCGACUCCAAGGACGCAUCAGGGGACGUCCAGAGAGGCAAACUCUCUCCUGAUCUCCACGGAGUCUCUGAAAUUCGUCAUAAUUUCGAUGGAUCUUCAGGAGAAAGGUAUAUCCUUUCUCAAUCUAACCAACCACAGUCAGUCUCAGCAACUCCAAGUGCUAUGUUCCCCUAUCCGAGUCAACAUGGACCAGCGCACCCGGCUUUUUCUAUUGGGAGUCCGAGUCGUUAUAUGGCCCACCAUCCAGUCAUCACUAAUGGAGCGUAUAACAGUCUUCUGACCAACAGCUCCCCGCAAGGCUACCCAACCGCGGGUUACCCAUACGCGCAACAGUAUGGACACACUUAUCAAGGAGCGGCGUUCUACCAGUUUUCCUCCGCGCAAGCUGGGCUGGUGCCUGGGAAAGCGCAGGUAUAUCUGUGCAACAGGGCCCUGUGGCUGAAGUUUCACAGACAUCAAACAGAGAUGAUAAUCACUAAACAAGGACGACGGAUGUUCCCCUUUUUGAGUUUCAACAUUUCUGGUCUCGACCCGACGGCGCACUACAACAUAUUUGUGGAUGUUAUUCUUGCUGAUCCAAAUCACUGGCGAUUCCAAGGUGGCAAGUGGGUACCAUGUGGCAAAGCGGAUACAAACGUGACAGGAAACAGGGUGUAUAUGCACCCUGACUCUCCAAACACCGGGGCGCACUGGAUGCGCCAAGAAAUCUCAUUUGGAAAGRUGAAGUUAACGAACAACAAAGGAGGUUCAAACAACACAGGACAGAUGGUGGUUCUACAAUCCCUUCACAAGUACCAGCCCAGGCUCCAUGUWGUGGAGGUCAACGAAGARGGAACCGAGGACUCCAGCCAACCUGGAAGAGUACAGACGUUCACRUUCCCAGAGACACAGUUCAUCGCAGUCACAGCUUACCAGAAUACCGACAUUACGCAGCUAAAAAUCGACCACAAUCCAUUUGCUAAAGGAUUUCGGGACAACUAUGACACUGUCUACACAGGUUGCGACAUUGACCGGUUAACGCCAUCACCGGGUGACUCGCCUCGCUCUCAGAUCAUGCCUGGUGCGAGAUAUGCCAUGGCUGGUUCUUUCCUACAGGACCAAUUUGUCAGCAGUUAUGCCAAAUCUCGCUUUCACCCUGGCGUAGGGACUGGUCCUGGCACGGACCGCAGCGUCCCACUUUGUAACAGCUUGCUAUCCCCGCAACCAACCGAAGAGCCCACAGUUGCAUCCCCGCAGCGAUGGUUUGUCACCCCUGCCAAUAACCGACUGGACUUUGCCGCCUCGGCAUACGAUGCCGCCGCGGCUGCUGAUUUUGCCGGUAACGCGGCCACCCUGCUGUCAUAUGCAGCCGCUGGAGUAAAGGCCCUUCCCCUGCCCACUGCAGGGUGCUCAAGCAGACCUCUCGGUUACUAUGCCGACCCAUCCGGCUGGGGCACACGCACACCACCCCAGUACUGCAGUAAGUCUAGCCCUGUUCUAUCCUGCUGGCCCACAAAUUCUGUUGGUGGCAGAUCAGGCACCUCUAACUACCUGGUUGAUGAAGCCGACACCAUCCCAACAGAAAGGUCACCCAUCGGAGGGUCUGAUGAGGCAAAACCAAAAGACUUAUCCGAAUCCAGCUGGAUAGAGACGCCGUCUUCAAUCAAGUCGAUUGAUUCAAGUGAUUCUGGUAUUUUUGAGCAAGCUAAACGGAGAAGAAUUUCACCGUCUGCCACACCGGUUUCGGAAACAGUGUCCCCGUUGAAAUCUGAGAUCUUGCCUCCAAGAGAGUGUGAGAAAAAUUGCGCCAAGGACAUUGGUUACUACAGUUUCUAUCCACACAGUUAAACAACCAGACAUCUGGAA